AUGAUCUAUUCCAGCGCUUUACAGGCAGAGUUCUGGAUUGCUCUGCCACAAAUUCGUCUGACCUUCGAUCAUCAGCUAUCCCAACAGGUGCUCGCAGACAUAUGCGCCACCAUACAGCCGCAGAUCUGGACACGCGCAACAGGAUUCAAGGCGUUCUUUGCUCCUCUGCUGCAGUGCUUGAAAGCUUCCAACAUGGCUGCAGCAUGGUCGGAUCCUCCAAUUUGCACUUCAAUCGUAUUGCAAUAUUGGCAGCGAUACCUCAUGGUCAGUGAGUUCAAUGACCGUUGCGUCAAGACCAGUCAUCUCCAGCUGGAUGCGCGGUGCGGCCAUGCCUGGCAAACUGCGGGCGGCCAUGGUAGAGUGUGGUUUCCGCGUCGAGGCAGGCAUUCGAUGAUCGUGCAUGUGGAGACUCUUGCAGCGUGA